AUGUAUCAGGAGAAAAGAAAAUACGUAAAACAGUUCAUGCAAAACUAUGACAAUGAGGUGAAUCGACAAAUUGAAACAAAAAAAACCUUUUUGGCUAAGUUGACCCACGACGCAAUUCAAGGAGACCAAUACCCAUACUAUUUGCAGAAAUUGACACAAUACGAAGAGGCGCGCCAAAAAAGGUUUUUGGACUUUUUGAGAAAGUACAACACAAAGGAAUUUCGAUUUGAUUUUAAAAAGAUGCCAGCAACUAAAAUCCAAGACCCCGAAAGACAAGACGCGCUUGGGAAAGUUAUGGACUAUUACUUUGGAAGGUAUAAUGGACCAAAUGGAUAUUUGACAAAACACAAACGAGAAAUACAAAAGCUGGCACUUAAGGGAUUUAGUGAAACUGUUCGAAGCGAUGUGCCACUUUUAGUCAAAAUUAAGGAGAAUGACGGAUACUAA